UCACUUCAGUAUGUGGUGUUUAAUUUGUGGUUUGCAUAGGCACAUAUCGGUGCAAUGUGAAAUACUGUUUACAGAUGGUGGCAGGCGAGUUAACAGGCGUUAGCGAGUCCACAGUUUCCCGAAUUAUCAGACGUAUCUCUGUCGGCUUAGCGCAACAUGCACGACAUCUGAUACGGUUUCCCACUGGCGAUGAAUUUCGAUUGAACAAGCUACGAUUUUAACACUUUCCCGGUGUUACAGGAGUGACUGCACCCACAUUAAAAUCAAAAGCCCCGGUGGUGCUCGGGGGGAAGUAUACAGCUUAUUCGAAGAUGGGCGUGUGCAGGGACUGCUGCUGGGAGACAGUGGUUACCCACAGUUGCCAUACCUGUUCACGCCCAUACCAGAGCAGCCAGUCCCUACAGAUGCAGAGCAGAGGCCAAUCCCACCAGUUCCUCUCCUACCUGGGCGCGCCAUGGCCAUCAGGAACGAGUUCAUCAUCCGGCAUUUCAAUCCUGUUGCUGCCGCCAGUCAUGGCUCCACUCAAGUGCUCGGUGCUGCCCCUCAGCGGCAACGUGGAGUUCCAGCCCUUCGUGUGCCAGCUGUGUGUGCAGAGCAGUUAGUGGGCUUGCAGGAAUUCUGUUGUGUCAUCAUCCUCGGUUGGCAUGACCAGGGACAUUCAUACAUUCAGGAAUUACAUUUUUCCUUUACAUCGUAUUGAAGAUAAUUUAUUAUUUAAUGAUUUUGCAUGUUAUUUAGACACACAUUUCAGGGAAAUUGUGGGCAAACUUUGCCUAGGCUUGUAGUAAGCACUCAUGUGGUUUACCACUGAACUACCCUUGUUUGUUUAAAAAAAAUAACAAUAUUC